AUGGCUGUCAAUCCGGAUGCACUGGCGGCAGUGAGGCGGCUUUUGUCUGCCCGCUAUCCGACGCUCGAGGUUGAUCCUGGAUGGCUCGACCGAUGCAUCGCAGACGUGUGCCAAGGUGACGCAGCUGUGCGUUGCGGAUCGAACGAUCAGCUUGCACGCUCGGUGCGCCAACGGCUGCUGGAGACCGACCUGGCGCAAGUGGUCGUGCCGUCAUACAGCCGCAUCGCGCCCGAGAAGCUUCAAGCGGCGAAUGGAAAGGUGGGCGAUGGUGGCAGAGGAGCGGUGCUCGUGCAGAUCGAGAGCAUGAUCGACAUUGGCUGUUCCGCCGCCUCGCAGCUCGAGAUCGCCGAGGCACGCGUCGAGGCGCGGCGUUCCAACAAGGAUCCCAACGAGGCCUACGCUGGCCUCAAGCCUGCCGCGUCUGCGUCUUCAUCUUCGUCGGGGGCGGACGCCAUGGCUGCGUUUGAUGCGCAGGAGGAGGGCAAAUCGCAGUGCAACACGAUCUACCCGCGACGCAUGCUCAAACUCGAGCUCUCGGACGGCGGCAGCAGCGCCAACGUGUGGGCGAUCGAGCUGGAACGCAUCGGUGGCCUGGACAUGAACACGACCAAGAUGGGCAGCAAGCUGCUGCUGAAGGGCGCGCAGGUCAACAAGGGCUAUCUGCUCCUCACUCCUGCGACGGUGAGCGUGGAGGGUGGCGGCGUAUCGGCAAAGCAGGCCGUGGCCGAGGAAAAGCUGAUUGCGAAGCUUCGAGCACAGUUGGGUCCGCCUCGCAGAAAGCGCGGCAUGCCGAGCAAGCCCCAAGCAAGCUCGAAUCAUGCGCACGACGGCAAUGGCUCGAAUCACACGACUACGGCAGCGCAAGAUCGCUUCAGCCCGGACGAGGACGAGAGCAUGCUGCUUGCCGCGCUGGAGGCCGAAGCCGAAGCCGAAGCCGGAGUCGACGAGGCGGCUGCGGCUCAAUUAGCGGAGCGAGACGCGAGCCUGCCACACGAGACAAAGCCGGAGAGCGGUGGCCCGGCGAACGGCGGCGCACAACGUGGUGGGAGGCAGCCGGCGCCCAUCGUAAUGGUCGACAGCGACGACGACGACGAUGCCUACACAAGUGCCAGGUGGCAGGAAACCAUCCUUAUCGAGUCGUCUCCCGAGCCAUAG